AUGGCCGCUGCUACAAGCGCCGCAGCACCCUCGCGCCGCCACUUUUCCACCACUCGCGCACACAGGGACGCACCACCCAAAUCGCCCUUUCAAGCCUUUAUCGACACGCUUCGAGAAGAGCUGCGCAAAUCUCAAGAUAUGCAGGACAAUAUUCGACAAUUGUCUGGCGAAGCUGGCAAGAUGCAGGAUAGCGAGACGAUGAAGAGGAUGAGGGAAGUGUACGAGAGGGCUAGAAUCGUCACCAGCUUAAAGGAGAAUCCUAGAUUGAUGAGGGCCGCUGAAACCUUGAGAAAGAAUGGUGGUCACGUGGGCGAAGCUGUCAACGCCACGCUCAAGCAAAUGGAAGAGAGCGAACUGAUCAAAGGGCUCGGUGCGGUCUCUUCUCGACUAGCACGUCAGCUGGCAGACAGUACAGCGCCCGUGCGCAAUACGGAAGCCUACAAGGCAUUCUCGGCCACGCUGAUCGAAGCGUUCGACGAUGGAGGUUCAUCCUUGCGCCUCUACUCCAACGACGAAGCGGAUGCGAGGCUAGCCAGGCGCAUUCGAAGGGAAGCACGAUUGAGAAAGAUUGGAAGGUUAGCCCCGCUGCUGGAUCCCGAAGAUGCUGCUGCUGGUGCUGCUGCUGCCAAGGCGACGGACGAUCCCUUGGUCAAGGCGGAAGCGGCAGGUGCUGCGGCCGGUGCAGCAGGCGCUGCUCAGGCCCGAGCUCAAGACGCUGCUGGUGCCGGUGCUGAACAAGGCAGCGCAGAAGCGACAUCGGACCAAUCCCCUCCAACGAGCGACAGCAGCAGCAGCAGCAGCAGCAGCAGCAAAGCAAAGCCCAAACCUCGCGGCUAUGCCGUGCGUGUGCGUGGCAUUGCGGAAAAUCCAAACGCGGGCGAAGCGUUGGUGCUGCGCCAAGAAGCUGGCUUUAAACGAGCAUGGUCCGAUUUCAAGGAUUCCAAUUUCCUCUUUCGCAAGAUGGGCGAAGCUCGAGAGGCUUACGACGAGUCUGAGAAUCCAUUCGUCGAGAGGCUCCGGGGCAUCACGGAAACGGUGGGGGGAUGGUUUGCGGAGAAUGAGACGGCUAGAGUGGUGGGCGCCUUCAAGAUGAUGGAGCCUUCCUUCACGCUGGACGCCUUUACGCGCGAACUGAGGGAAUACGUCAUUCCGGAAAUCAUCGACUCGUACCACUCCGCCAGCAGGGGUCUGCUACGACAGUGGUGCGGAGAAGCGACGUUCAAUGUGCUCAUGGCCACCGUCGAUCCUUACGUUCAAAAGGGCGCCAUCGCAAACGGCAGACUGCUGGAUCUAAAGAAUGUGGACAUUCUGCAAGCCAAAAUGUUGGAGAACAAUGUGCCUGUCCUCAUCGUCAGCUUUUCGACGCAGGAACUCAUGUACUUUAAGGAUGCCAAGACGGGAGAGAUUGUGGCGGGAAGCGAGGAGAGGACGGAUAGCUGUCGGUAUGCCAUGGUGCUCACGCGAGUCGACGAGGAGAUGCACAACGAAAUAACGGGAGGAUGGAAGGUGGUAGAGCUUGCAAGACGAGGCCAAGCAGCGUUCCUGUAG